AUGUUUGGAAAUUCUCAAAUGACAGAUGAAGAGCUUCAAGAAGAAAUUAAAUGGCAACGAGAACAUGAGGAAUUACACAGAAAACAUCAGGGUCACGAUGCAAUGCAUGCCGAAAUGUUUAUUGUUUUUAUUGUUUCAAUGGUCAUUGCCCAAAUUUGUUUAAUGAUUUGGAGAAGAAAACAUGUUCGGUCCUAUCAGAUUGCAACCCUUCUCGGUUUAUGGCUAAUUCCACUAAUUAUUUGUAUACAAAAAUUUUGGUGGCGAUUUUUGUUAAGUUGGGUUUUGUUUACUUCUGCAAGUUGGUAUAUUUGGUGGAGAGUUAAUCAAACUGUUAUUAUGGGAAGUACUCCAAGACUAGUCUACAAAUAUUUUCUUUUUCUUCACAAAAUGAGUUAUAUUUUUGGAAUUAUUGGCUAUUUUGCUUUACUUUUUACUUUAAUUGGAAUUAAUUUAAUUUUUGGAAUUAGACCAAAUACUUCAUUGGAUUUUGGAAUCCAUUUUUUGUUUUAUGGACUUUAUUAUGGUGUGUUAAGUAGAGAUUUGGCACAUAUUUUGACUGACAGACUUGCCUGCAAAAUUGGGUAUUUUACUCAUGAUGGUUUACCCAAAAGAGUAUUAGAAAAUGGUGUUUGUGCUGUUUGUGGUAAUCCAUUACAUUCUUUAUCAGAAAAUGGAAGUCAUUUAAAUUUACAAAAUGGGCAUACUCCAACGGUGCUUUCUGAAGCUAUGGAAGUUGAAGAAGAAAAGAUAUAUACACUUUCCUGUAAUCAUGUAUUCCAUGAAUUUUGUAUUAGAGGUUGGUGUGUGGUAGGAAAAUUACAAACAUGUCCUUAUUGUAAAGAAAAAGUUGAUUUGAAGAGAAUGUUCAAAAAUCCAUGGGAAAAACCUCAUUUAUUUUAUGGACAAUUGCUUGAUUGGGUACGCUAUUUGGUCGCUUGGCAGCCUAUUAUUGUAAUGAUUGUUCAUUUUAUUAACACAUACAUGGGACUUGAAUAA